AUGGCUGCUGCUCGACCCAUCCUCAGUCUCAUCUCCCUCAUCCUCCUCGCCGGCGGUCUCCUCCUCCAAUUCCUCGUCGUGCUUUCCGGCGGCAUCCAAGCCUUUCCCGUCAACCUAGUAUACUUCCUCCAAGUAUCCACCAACGGAAUCACUCCUGCGCCGCGCAACCCAUCGCGAUGGACGUUCUGGGCCAUCUGUGGUGUUGUAGACGGGCGCAAUGGCAACUGCGGCGCAGUCGUCCCUGCGCUGCCGUUUGAUCCACCACGGAACUUCGGCACGACCGAGGGCGUUCCUCCGGGGUUCACCGGCACAAAUGAAUACUUCUACCUCUCCCGCUGCAUGUUCGCGUUCUACCUCAUCGCACUGUUCUUCGCCUCUUGCGCCUUGCUCACCGGACUACUCGCGCUCUUCAGCCGGCUCGGUGGGUACAUCUCUGGCCUGAAUACGAUUCUCGCUUGCUUGUUCCAAGCCACCGCCGCGGCACUCAUGACUGCAUGGACGGUCCUCGGACGCAACCGCUUCCGAAGUAACGGGCAGGACGCCCAGCUCGGCAGGUACGCAUACGGAUUCACCUGGGCUGCGGUGGCUUGCUACUUCCUCUCCACGAUCCUCUUCUGCUUGUCUGGUCGAGUAGGCAAGGAUAAAUACUCGUCGAAGAGCGGUGGUGGCUUCCUUGGCCGAAAGCGAAGUACUAGGUCGCGCGGCAGCUUCAUCGAUGGCGAGAGCCAGCGCCGCGUUAAGGAUGACUAUUCGUAA